AUGAUAGCUACUAAAGAACCCCCACAAAAGCAACUCUCGUAUAUCGAGACCGAGGAUAUCUUUGACCCCGAAACUCACCUUAAUUAUACUCCUCCUGCUUCCCUACUCACCAUGGAAGACUUAGGCUUGAACGGCCCCAAAACAUCAACCUCAAUAGCAGGAAGUGCUCCCUUCCCUUUCCUCUCUGAGACAGGCGUGCGUGCCUAUCGACGAUGUCUGAUGCGGCCUCAUAUCCUAAAAGCCUGUGCGAAGUCAUAUGGCGCUGGGACAUUUAUUCUUCGGAAUUUAGCCCAACAUUCCAAAUUUAUCUCUGACCUCUGGACGCAUCCGGAGACAAUGAGAAUUGUGUCUGAAGUUGCUGGCGUGCCACUGACCAUAAUCAUGCCAACAGAAAUUGGUCACACAAAUAUCCAAACUUCUGGCUGUACCGUGGAUGAUUUGACCAGGGAGCUUGAGGUGGAGCCAAGAGCGAGUCGCGCCUGUGUGGAUAAGGAGGAUGGUUAUGAUCCGCUUAGGGAGAGUGCGGUUAUACCUUGGCACUACGACUCUUACCCGUACGUCGCGGUCCUGAUGCUCAGCGAUACUACACAUAUGACCGGGGGAGAAACCUAUAUCAAGAAGGGAGAUGGAAGCGCAGUAAAGGUCGAGGGACCUGCCCUGGGACACUGCGUCAUACUCCAAGGAGGGCAAGUCGAACACCUGGCCGCGCGAGCCUUCGGAGCAACGGAGCGGAUCACGACUAUAACUUCAUACCGCGCAGCCAUACCCGGUCUCUAUGACGAUAGCUAUCUGUCAAACGUGCGGCCAUAUUGUGAUCUCUCCGAACUAUACACCGAAUGGACCAACUACCGACUCGAGAAAGUGAAGCAGGAAAUCGAGCACAUGCAGGCUACUAUCAUCCAACGCGUUGGGCGAGGUCGAGAUAGCUUCCCAUUCGACGAGGUAUAUCACUUCGCUGAGCAGCAGAUAUCGUACCUGAAGCGUACCGUCCGCCAGACGGUAGACCAGACGCUGUGCGUAGACGUCCGGCGACGUUUUGAUGUCAGGGAGAUCAAUUCGGUCGGUGAGAAAUGGGCUCAUGUGCGUGCCCACCAGCGAUUUAGGGAUCUACUUCCGGGUGUUAUGGCACAGACUUUGAUGUGGGGACCUGUUCGUCCGUAUUUGAGUGACUGGGAGGAGACGAAAUAUAUGAUCAGGAGCGGGAAUGCAUCGUUGGUUCAUAGUCAACAAGGGAUGUUCUUGUGGGAUCCGAAUCGGGUUGAAGAGUAUCUAUUCGGUGACGAGCUUCUCCGACAAGGUCUCAAGGAGGUUCUGUUAGCUUGGUUGUAUCGCUUUGACUUGGUUACUCUUGGUAGCUGA